ACAUGAAGGAAUUAAAGCAAAGGUAGGGGUAGGGUCCGAUACAUCUUUGAGCUCUUAUCGUCAGUAAAAGAGUCUACCUAUUCCCUCCAAACUUUAGGGUUGCUUUGGGAAACCUAUAUCCUUUUAUGGUCCUUUAAGACUUAUUGAGGAACAAUUUGUGAAGCUUGGCACAAGAUCUUUAAUAUUGGAGGCUCAGAGAUAAGCUGAGUUUCACAACAUUGCUUAAUGAUAAAUUCUUGCUUAAGUUUAAAUAAAACCCACAAGCAUUCAAGAAUCAUAAUCUCAUGAGGAGUUAGUGUUUCUCAAACCUUCACUAUUUGCCUAUUGAACUAUCUAUAUGUAUAGACUACUCUCUGAAGAAGGCCUUGAAGAAGCAUUGCAAGAAGAAAAUGAUGUAGAUAAAACAGAAAAAGAAGCCAAUAAUCUAAAGCAGGUAGAAAAGAAUCAGUUUCUGAGCGUUGUCUAUGCCGCGUUCUGCGGAGUUAUGUUCUCCUUUACUAAUUAUAUCUAUGGUCACUUUUCAACAUCAGGGACGGUGACAAGAGAGACUUUUGCGUUUGGAACAUUAGUAUUUGCAGUAGGAUAUUAUUUCGUCGAGUUUAUUCAUUUUAAAAGGCAAGGUAAGAAAUAUCUGACCUGGCAAGACAGCAACUUCAGAAAUCCAGAAACAGGAAAGUUCUGCUGGAAAAGAUUCAGCGCUAUUUUUCUCUAUUCUGCGAUAAUAUUGGUAUCAGGCUAUUUCCUUUUGUAUACAUUUCAGUUUGGAACCUAUGGAAACAUGAACCAUGGUAUCCUUACAAGUCUAUUUGGUCUUUCCGCCAUUUUCUCUGCAGUCUUAGCAUAUUUUCUAUUCGGUGAUAGACUCAAGAUAUUUCAUGUAAUUGGAAUAAUCUUGAUGCUGAUCUGUAUAGUUGGCUUAAGUCUUGGAUCUACUAAGAACUCUGAGAUAGAGCUACUGGAUGAAACUGCAGCAGAAAUCUCUGACACCCCGCUGUUCUAUGCCUUGUUGUCCAUUGCUCUUGGGAUAAUCUGACCAAUCAGUUUUGCAGGCUCUGGUAUGGUCGUACGAUAUGCUUCAAAUAACUACGGGACUAAAAGUCUUCAACUUACUCUUAUAGGAUUUUUAUGGUACAAUAUUGUGUUGUUUCCUGCCUUAUUGAUCACCUAUCUUGGAGGAUAUCAGCCUUUCAUUGCUUCAGACUUCUUACUGAACACAUUUUGAGGGAUCCUUGGAGCAUUUAGUAUUAUCGUCUUGAAUAAGGCACUCACUUUAGGCCUUGCAGGCCCUGUUUUUGCCCUUGCUAAUCUCCAAAUUAUCAUCCAAUCAAUUCUUGAUGCUAUCUUCCUUAGCCAAGUCCCAACAUGGAUUGAAAUAGUAGCAGCCGUCUUUGGAAUCCUCGGGUGCUGAACUAUAGCCCUGGGGCCUGACCUAGCCAAAAAAUUCAAGUCAAACCAUGAGAAAUACCAAGCAUCUGACUCUAAAGACAUCUAAAAUAUUUCAACUA